AGUCCUGGUGAGGUGCAGCGGCGACUGAGCGGUGCAGCCUAGGAGAGCAGGAGUCACCAAGAUGCCCAUCCUGGAAAAAGCCCCCCAUAAGAUGUCAGCAAAAACUCUCAGCAGUGAGGAGGAACCUGGGCUUCCCAAACUUCCAGUACCCCCACUGCAGCAGACCUUGGCUACUUAUCUGCGUUGCAUGCAGCACCUGGUGCCUAAGGAGCAGUUUAGGCGGAGCCAGACCAUUGUGCAGCAGUUUGGGGCCCCUGGUGGCCUCGGGGAGACUCUGCAGCAGAAGCUACUGGAGCGGCAGGAGAAGACAGCUAACUGGGUGUCUGAAUACUGGCUGAAUGACAUGUAUCUCAAUAACCGCCUAGCUCUGCCUGUCAACUCCAGUCCAGCUGUAAUCUUUUCUCUGCAACACUUCCAGGACACCAAUGACCAGCUAAGGUUUGCUGCCAACCUCAUCUCUGGAGUGCUGAACUACAAGGCCCUGCUGGACAGUCACUCCAUCCCCACUGACUGUGCCAAGGGCCAGCUCUCUGGGCAGCAGCUCUGUAUGAAGCAAUACUAUGGGCUCUUCUCCUCCUACCGUCUCCCUGGCCACACCCAGGACACACUGGUGUCCCAGAAGAGCAGUGUCAUGCCUGAGCCAGAACAUAUCAUUGUGGCCUGCUGCAACCAGUUCUUUGUCUUGGAUGUUGUCAUUAAUUUCCGCCGUCUCAGUGAGGGGGAUCUCUUCACUCAGUUGAGAAAGAUAGUCAAAAUGGCUUCCAACGAGGAUGAACGCUUGCCUCCAAUCGGCCUGCUGACAUCAGACGGGAGGAGCCAGUGGGCUGAGGCCAGGACAGUCCUUGUGAAAGACUCCACCAAUCGGGACUCUUUGGACAUGAUCGAGCGCUGCAUCUGUGUGGUGUGUCUGGAUGCCCCAGGGGGCUUGGAGCUCAACGACACCAACAGGGCACUCCAGCUCCUUCAUGGUGGAGGCUGCAGCAAGAAUGGGGCAAAUCGUUGGUAUGACAAAUCCCUGCAGUUUGUGGUGGGCCAGGAUGGCACCUGUGGUGUGGUGUGUGAGCACUCCCCAUUCGAUGGCAUUGUCCUGGUACAGUGUGUGGAACAUCUGCUCAAGCACAUGAUGAAGAAUAGCAAGAAGCUGGUUCGAGCUGACUCCGUCACUGAGCUGCCAGCCCCUAGGAGGCUGAGGUGGAAAUGCUCCCCAGUAAUUCAAGGUUUCUUAGCUUCUUCAGCAGAAAGACUUCAACGAAUAGUAAAGAAUCUCGACUUUAUUGUUUACAAGUUUGACAACUAUGGGAAGACAUUCAUUAAGAAGCAGAAAUGCAGCCCUGAUGCCUUUAUUCAGGUGGCCCUCCAACUGGCCUUCUACAGGCUCCAUCUCAGACUUACACCCACCUAUGAGAGUGCAUCCAUUCGCCGGUUCCAGGAGGGACGGGUGGACAACAUUCGAUCAGCCACUCCAGAGGCACUGAGCUUUGUGAAAGCCAUCACUGACCACAAGGCUGAUCUCACAGAUUCGGAGAAGUUGCUGCUUCUGAAGGAUGCUAUCCGAGCCCAGACCGAGUACACAGUCAUGGCCAUAACAGGGAUGGCUAUUGACAACCACCUGCUGGGACUGCGGGAGCUGGCCCGGGAAAUGUGCAAGGAGCUACCUGAGAUAUUCAUGGAUGAAACAUACUUGAUGAGCAAUCAAUUUGCCCUCUCCACCAGCCAGGUGCCCACAGCCAUGGAGAUGUUUUGCUGUUAUGGGCCAGUCAUGCCCGAAGGGUAUGGUGCCUGCUACAACCCUCAGGCUGAAAGCAUCCUUUUCUGCAUCUCAAGCUUCCACAGCUGCAAAGAAACCUCUUCUCCCAAGUUUGCAAAAGCUGUGGAAGAAAGCCUGACUGAAAUGAAACACCUCUGCAGUCUGCCCCAGUCUGCUACAGGCAAGCCACUGGUGACAAAAGGAAAAGCAACAAGGCCCAGCCAGUGCCACCAACCUUGA